CGAAGCUUGAUGUGGAUCGAGGACCAUGUACGUCGUCGGCCUUUGUUUUCGUGUCCCCGCACUCACUGGGAGCUACAGACAGAAGCGCUGAAGCAGCGCUGAUGGCUACAGCGGGCAAGGAAAUGGCUUAUCUGACGCAGUUCGGGCAACCAAUCCUUCCGUUUCGUCGUCAGCGGCGGUUUGGAUACCAGAACAGGCCGCAGUCGCCAUUGUCCCACGUGGAGAAUUUGGAACGAUUCAUCGAAAUCGCGCCGUUCCUCCUCCCCAAGGACCCGGCUCAAAGCCGUUUCUGCAUCCGCCAUCCAGACCUUCGCUACGACAAUAUCAUCGUAGCCCGCUCGCCUGACACAGGCUGUGAAAUUGUUAGCCUCAUCGAUUGGCAACACGCCUCUAUUCUGCCCAUGUUUCUCCUCGCUGGCGUUCCACAACAGCUCCAAAGCCACGACGACAACAUCUCCCAAUCUACAACCCCGCUCUAUCGGCCAGAGAACCUCGAGGCGUUGAGUGAGGGCGAGCGAGACCAACAGGAGUAUGUCUACCGCCAGCGCGUAGUCAACUACCAUUAUCACACGAGCACGGAACAGUGCAACCAGCGCCACUACACCGCCCUGACGGACCCCUUGCACGCGCUUCGCGGCCGCCUUUUCGCGCAGGCGGGUGCUCCGUGGGAGGGCGAGACUCUCGAGCUGAAGCUUUCUCUCAUC